GGCGAGUGGGUUUGUUUGGGUCUGAAGCUGUGCUGAUGCGCUUGGAGAAGGAGCGCUAUCGGUGAUUUUCCAAACGAAGCGAGACGCUGUACGAUGCGUGUUGUAUAUUGUGCUGUUUUGUACCGGCAGGACUGUCGACAGACUGUAGUGCAGGUCAUGUCACUGUAGUUAGUCGGGCAUGUGUGCAAAGGCUAACGAACCCGAGAGCGGCUGACUGACAGUUAUGUAGCGUUAGCCAGGGCUAACUACGUAACGCUAACAAGUCAUCCCGCUUCGCUGUGCGUUAUCAGCAAAGUAAGAAGUAACGAUAACGAGUAAAUGCUGGUGUUGUGUUUGCUCCUGUAUGAUGGCUGUCAGCACGCGUGGCUAAGGUUAUCUUUGGUUUACUAGCUCUAUCUAACGAUGGCUGGCUCUGUGCUUGGCUCUCUAUCUAGCCGAGUUAGCGAUUAAAACAGAAAUGUUUCUUGUCAUUUUUUCGACUGCCACCCUACAACCAGGCGUAUGUAUUCGUCACUGGCGGAGUAAUGGCACUUCGUCGCUAGCUACGUUUUAGUUACAGUCACUGUCAGUGGCGAGUUUCUUUUUUAAGAGAUUUUAGCGAUUGGAGCUAAAAUUAGCUACCCAGCUAAUUUUCAGGCCGUUUCAGUGUCCUGAACGGCCAGUUUCAGUCAUUCGGUUUCAGCUGUUGUCACUGACGUAUUCUAAUGUCUCAGCAUCUGAGGUCUGGUAUCAGCCACAGCUUUCUGCAUGUGUGAAGAGCACAUGUGAGGAGUGUGUGUGAAAGAGAGGGAGAGAGAGAGAGAGAGACUGGCUAAGUACAGCAUGGUGACUGUCAGUUGACUGGUUAUCCGAAGCUAAAAUCCUGGUCAUGGAGGUCCAUUUUGGCAGUGUGGUGUUUAGCUCACGAUUUGACUCUGGAAAUCUGGGCAAAGUGGUUAAAGUGGAGCAGUCAGAAGCUGUUGGUGACAGCAACAGCUCCGCUGGAAACUCUCUGCCUCACAGUGACUAUGAGUUCAAUGUUUGGACUAAACCAGACUGUGCCGAUACAGAGUUUGAGAAUGGAAACCGGUCAUGGUUUUACUUCAGUGUGCGUGGAGUGUUGCCUGGUAAACUCUUGAAGAUAAACCUGAUGAACAUGAACAAGCAGAGUAAGCUGUACUCUCAGGGCAUGGCUCCAUUUGUACGCACCUUGCCGGUCAAAUCACGCUGGGAAAGAGUGCGAGAGCGGCCCUCAUUCGAGAUGUCUGAAAGUCACUUCACCUUGUCAUUUGUGCAUCGUGUAUUGGAUGUGAAAGGAGCCACCACAUAUUUUGCAUUCUGCUAUCCAUUCUCAUACACCGAUUGCCAGGACAUGCUUCUGCAACUGGAUCAGAGACUGCUCAGCAGCUCUCAUGCACUGGGACCCUGCAGUCCUGCAGAAAGUCUAUAUUACCACCGUGAGCUGCUGUGUUACUCACUGGAUGGACACAGAGUGGACCUGCUGACUGUGACAUCCUGCCAUGGAAUGCUGGAGGAAAGGGAGCCCCGACUGGACAAACUCUUCCCUGAUCACAGCACACCACGGCCACACCGCUUUGCUGGCAAACGGGUUUUUUUUCUCAGCAGCAGGGUGCACCCUGGUGAGACACCUUCCAGCUUUGUGUUCAAUGGUUUCCUGAACUUCAUUCUGAAUCAGGAUGACCCUCGUGCGCAGGCGCUGCGCAGGAUGUUUGUUUUCAAGCUGAUUCCCAUGCUCAACCCUGAUGGAGUUUUUAGGGGUCACUAUAGGACGGAUUCCCGGGGUGUGAAUCUGAACCGACAGUAUAUGGGCCCAAGUGCUGAGCUGCAUCCUUCUAUCUAUGGAGCUAAAUCUGUCCUCCUGUACCAUCACCAGCACAACCGCCUCAACCCCAGCAUGCCCUCAGCUCUCAAAACCUCCAAUCAGCCUAACACCACCUCCUUGCCACUGCCUACACCUUGCAAACUGGAGUACUACCUCAACUGCCGUAAUGAGGCAGAGCGACUGGAGGGUCCCACGCUCGAUCUGUCGGAGAUACCCAUGCAACUGGAGGAAAACUGGGAGAAGGGUGGAGUCGAGGAGGAGGUGGGGCCAUGUGAUGAGAAUGAAUCUGUACCAAGCCGAAGUGAAGCCCCUUGUGUUUCUAAUUCCUCCCCCACAGAGCAGGUUGCACCCCAAGAGAGCGGAGUGGCAUAUUACAUUGAUCUUCAUGGCCAUGCUUCCAAAAGAGGAUGCUUUAUGUAUGGGAACAGCCUAGCUGAUGAGAAUCAGCAGGUGGAAAACAUGAUGUAUCCAAAGCUGAUCUCUUUAAACUGUGCCCAUUUUGACUUCCUCGGCUGUAAUUUCUCAGAGAAGAACAUGUAUGCACGGGACAAGCGUGAUGGUCAGUCUAAAGAGGGCAGUGGGCGCGUAGCCAUUCACAAAGCCAUCGGCCUUGUUCACAGUUAUACAUUGGAGUGUAAUUAUAACACUGGUCGCUCAGUCAACACCAUUCCACCUGCGUGCCACGACAAUGGUCGAGCUACUCCACCUCCUCCUCCUGCCUUCCCUCCAAAAUACACACCUGAGAUAUUCGAACAGGUGGGCCGUGCAGUUGCUAUAGCAGCGCUGGACAUGGCUGAGUGUAACCCUUGGCCACGGCUAGUCCUCUCUGAGCACAGCAACCUUGUGAACCUGCGUGCCUGCAUGCUCAAACACGUGCGCAACAGCAAGGGCUUCAGCACCAAUGUCCGCAGGAACACCAACAAGUCCUCCAGCCCCCCCAAGCCCUCAUGCCUAAGCAGCUCUGUUUCGGAAAACGCUCUGAGUCGGAGCCGCAACAACAGCACUGGUAAUGGCACUGUUGUCGGGAGCCGGCAGACCUCUCCACAGCUGAAAAGUUCCCCCAGCUUCACGUUUGGCUGGAGUAACUCCGCUCCCAGUGCACACAGGCCUACACACAAAGCUCUGGGACCAGUUAGAGAGUGUAAAGCUCAGGACAAGAGGCGGCCCCAUCACCUCAACCACCGCCUCUCACUCCGGUCUUCCAGCAACAGUCAGGCCACCCCGUCCCACACCCCCCUCUCCCCCUCCUCCUCUUCUUCCUCCUCUUCAUCAUCUCCCUCUUCCAGCUCGUCGGGGUGUGUCACUGCUGGCGCGGCGGCAGGCCCCUGCUCCAUCAGUACAGCAGGUCUGUACUCACUGCAGCCGCCCAGCCUGGCCCAGCUGCUCCCUUCCCUGCAGGCCAUGCCCCACAGUGGCCUACUCACCAGACUCAGCCCACUGCGCCCACCCACGUGCCAACCACUGCACGCCUAUCUCAGAGACACUGCUACGCAGAAAGGCCCACCACAGGCCACACAGCCACAGCAAGAGUGACUGAGUGUUCACUUUAUUUGUGAUUCUUCAAAUGUGCGAGUAUGAAUGACAGAAAGAGAAUGAGGGAGCUCUAAUGAGGUGCUUACUUUUAAAUGCUGUAAUAAUACAUAAUUAUCAUUAUUAUUUUAGUUGAAAUCAUUUUACUGAGGCAAAGACAAAGACCUACUCAAAAGCUUGCUGGCAAUAAACAACAAAUAUACACCCUUUUAUUUUCGGACAGGUACUUGUGUCAUGCAAGUAGCAGGCCGUGGUUUAGCUGAAUUGCACUUUGAUUAUAUUGAUAUGAAAUGGAGUUAUACACUCAAUGCCAGUGAUGGAAUGUAGUGGUAAUCAUGGACAUACAGAACGGAUCCGUAGCCGCUGUGUGUGUGUAUGUGUGUGUGUAUGUGUGUGUGUAUGUGUGUGUGUAUGUGUGUGUGUCUGUGUUUGUGUGUCUGUGUGUGUACACGUACACACUUUUCAGGAACUGUCGUAUCCAAAACAGUAGUGUUUUUUUUUCUAUAGUAUGCCUAUUUGCACUUUUGUCCUUUCUUUUGCUGUAUGUUUUCCUCACUCUAAUUUGCAGUACUGUGCCACCACUACAUUUGUAGCCCUUGGCACAUAGGAUUAAAUGAGUAGGAUCUUCUGUAAUUACUUGCAUUGAUACUCAUACUACAUGGCACUAGUCUAAUAUUACAGUAAAACUGAAACUCUAAAGCUACAGUGCCAUGAUGCUGUAUCUUUAUUAAUAGAUUUUUGUGACAUCUAACUAAAAGUCUACUUGUUUCUGGGAAACGUAGAGGACAAAUUCACACAGGAUUAUAAUGUGAAUAAUUUUCUGACAGUCCUUUUUGUUUGUUGUUAGUGUGUUUUGUUUAUUAGGAUAUGGGUACUUUGUGCACUUGCACUUGGAUAAGACCUCAUAAUCUGUUGGUAAUGGCUUCAGAGAGGCCAGGUAAUUGACCUAUACAUGCUCUGACAUACAAAUGCUUUCUUUCUUCUGCUAGACAAGCUUUAAAAAGCAAAAAUCUCAUCUCAGAGGUCGGAUGGAGAUCAGAUAGGUCGAAUUCAGAUUUUUUUUUUUUGUGUGUGUGUGUAAUCGAGCUACAUUACCACUGUGGGAAAUUCACUGUUGUCUUUCCAGUCUGCAUAUUACAACACAGCCUAUCUCAGAUGCAUGGCAUUUUAAACUAGAAACUAAGUGCUUUAUACUGACUCUCUAGGCAUUAUGUAGUGAUUGCCUGUUCUCUAGUCAAGUAAUUGUGUCUGUAAUGAAAUCAAGAAAGUAGAUGACACUUUCUGGAGGUUGUCACAUAAUUUGGCCACAUGACUUCCCAAACAAAUCUAUUGAUUACAACCAACAAGAAUAACAGUAGCAAUGGAGGAUUCUUGUGAUUUGUUCACUCACCUUUAGCAGACAGAAAACUCCAGGUGGGCUUGUAGAACUCAUGUAGUGUUUGUUUUUCCACUUUGUGCUGCUUAACAUUAAUGACCUAAUGUUUUCUUGUUUAGAAAUGGUGGUUGGCUGAUUUGAGGGACAGUUCUUUGAUGGUGUUUGACCAAUCCGUGAUUAUUUUUUAGCUCCACUGGUAUCCUGGCCAGAAGGGUAACCAAAUUCAGCACAGGAACUCAUGUUCACUUAAAGAAGGUCACAGUAAAAUAUGUCACAUGAUAUGUCAAAUGAUGAUGUAAUAUAAUGUGAAACAAAGUGCACUACAAUUUCUCGUAAGGCUGAAUGAGAGGUCUGUCAACGUUAUGUAAAGUUACAGCCUUUUCCAACAGCAUUUGAUAAUCCUGUGUGAAUAUGCCUAGAUUUUUUUUUUAUUAUUAUUAUUUAAGAACUGAGGCCUCUCCCAUCACUGUUUCAGGCAUCUUUCCUGUCUGAUAUCACUGUGCUUCUGAGCUGUAGUUGUGUGUGCACUUGUGUCGGCCCAGUUUCUACUACACUGAAUAACCAUAAUAAUAAUAAUCCAUUUUAAUUAAUGGGAAAUUCCACAACAUUUCUGCAUCGUUUAGUGGUUGUGAUGUAAACAAAUUAUUUAGAGUGCUUUGUGUAAUGUACAUGUUGGUGGUAAAAUAGUGGUUAAUCUGAGAAAAAAAAAUGGGGGUACUGCAUAUACCCAUCCACCAUUAAUUGAUUACAAAUGGUUAAGGUCAACUAUUUAUCUUAACUAACAUAAAACAAUGGCUCAUACAUUAGGCAGUGUAUUAAAAAUUAUUUAAUGUACUCAACUUUCUGUGAGGCAGACAUCUGGUUCCCAUUGCCAUGAUUGUAAAUAAUUCUGACUAAGCAAGUUUCUGUAGAAUGGAUCGCACAUUAAAACACACUGAAUGACUUUGUUUACAUUUUAA